GUGAUACGAUUCAUGAAGGUCGGUAGAUGUCGCCACUAGUCUCUUAGCCCUUCACUUCCGACAGACAAAAUCCAAAAUGCUUCUUACACGGCUAGCACGACCCUUUUCGAGGAAAUUCACCACAACUGCUGUGGCUAGAAGUGAAUACCAACAAGAAGGCAUUCCCGGCGCGAAUUUACCAUUUAGUAUCGCAAACAGAUAUAAAUUGGCUGUUUACAUGGCUCUGUUUUUCUGCAGUGGAUUUUCAAUGCCUUUCAUUGUAGUACGUCAUCAAAUUUUAAAGAAAUAAGAGCUUUUCAAAGAGACACAGAACAUCUUGGUACUGAUGAUGCAUUUCAAGGUCAUCAUUACUUUUGGUAAUCUUAAUAUUAUGUGAAUAGCAGAAAAUAUAAUGUAAACUAUUGAAUAAAACCUGUUAUAAAAAGUUUAAA